AUGACAGCCGUAGCAUCCUCUUCGACCACUGCAGCGUCGGCAGCGGCGCCCUCCUCAUCCGCAUCGCGCCUCGAGCCUCUGCUGCUCGUGGCGCGCUCCACCAAGCCCCGGGGCGCCGCAGCCGCCAAGCUGAUCCACCAGGCCAUCUCCACUCCAGGUGCAUAUUUCUUCAGCGAGCUCUUCGACAUUCCGGGUGUUGCUGAGCUGAUAACUUCUGCCACGGAGUCGGAUGGUCAGCUUCGGGCGGCGUCGUACCUGCUGCAAUUGUUUGCGUACGGAACGUACGAUGACUACCUGCAGCUGCUUCGCGCUGAAGCAAUCGAAGCGGUUUCGGCAGAGGAGGUGCAGAAGCUUCGACAGCUGACGCUUUUGUCACUGGCACGGAAUAGCAAGUCCCUCGCGUAUGGGGACAUGCAUGCUGCGCUGGGUAUUGCCCAUACGCGCGAGCUCGAGGAUCUCAUCAUCGAAUCCGUCUAUGCUGGCCUCAUCACCGGCAGACUUGAUCAGGUCCAAUCGCGAUUCGAGGUACACCAUGUUCAAGGAAGACACGUUGCACCUCCAACGCACACUGUGCUUCCGUCUCUCAGCGGGAACGAGGCAUCGCUACAGCACAUCUUCUCUGCGCUGCAGACAUGGCAGGCCACAACAGCGUCGGUCCUUUCCAGCCUCCAAUCGCGUAUGGACGCCGUCCGCUCCACAGCCGCACAGGCCGAAACAGCCAGAACGGAACACCACCAAGCACUACUGCAGAAUCUUACAAACGCACAACACCAGCUCGAAGCCCAGCAGAAAAAGUCAAAGCCAAAUGCAAUGGACCUCGACGAAGACUCGCGCACUGACGCCAGGAAAAAAUCCACCUCCUCAGCUGCCAGAGGCAACAAACGAUCGCGCGCCUAA